AUGAGAGCGAAAUACAAAACUGAAAUCUUGUCUCAGCUACACAAUGCUCUAUGCCCGCGCCGGAUCUCCUCUUCCACAUCAUCCUCCACUCCUCUCCGUCUCUUUCCUCCGCAGACACCGAUUCAUAACAACAAAAACAUCACCCUCUCUCAGUUUCGCUUCCUGGGUGUUAACCAAUCUCCACACUUUCUACAUUCUCUUGCAACUCCCGACAGAAACUCCUUAGGACAGGACAAUCAAUCUUCUGUCGAUGUUCACAAUGUCCUAAAGAACCACCGUGGAAGCUCACCCGAAGAAAUCGAGCGGAUUCUCGUCAAGUGUGGGAUUGUCUUAACCGAAGGAUUGAUUUUAGAAGUGGUGAACCGGAACCGGUCUGAUUGGAAACCAGCUUACACGCUUUCACAAUUGAUCCGUAAACAGUCUGUUUACCUCUCUAGCUCAUCAGUGUACAACGAGAUCCUCGACGUUCUUGGGAAAAUGCGUCGGUUUCAAGAGUUCCACCAAGUGUUCGACGAAAUGCCUAAGAGAGAUGCAAAGACUUAUGAAGUCUUGUUAAACCGAUACGCUGCUGCUCAUAAGGUAGAUGAAGCUGUGAAGGUGUUCGAGAGGAGGAGAGAGUUUGGGAUAGAGGAUGAUUCGGUUGCGUUUUAUGUGCUAUUGAAGUGGUUGUGUAGGUAUAAGCAUGUUGAGUUUGCGGAGACUUUGUUUUGUUCUCGUGGAAGAGAGUUUGUUGGGUGUGAUAUAAAGGUGAUGAAUAUUAUUCUCAACGGGUGGUGUGUUUUGGGGAAUGUUCAUGAAGCAAAGAGGUUUUGGAAAGAUAUCAUUGCUUCUAAAUGUAGGCCUGAUGUUGUCAGCUAUGGGACGAUGAUUAAUGCGUUGACGAAGAAGGGGAAAGUUGGAAAGGCUAUGGAGCUUUAUAGAGCAAUGUGGGAAACGGGGAGAGACCCGGAUGUUAAGAUCUGUAAUAACGUUAUUGAUGCAUUGUGUUUCAAGAAGAGGAUCCCUGAGGCUUUUGGAGUGUUCAAGAAGAUGAGUGAGAAAGGUUGUUCUCCCAAUGUUGCGACUUAUAACUCGCUUUUGAAGCAUCUCUGCAAGUUAAGGAGAACAGAGAAAGUUUGGGAGCUAGUGGAGGAGAUGGAAGAGAAAGGAGGUAGUUGUUCGCCUAACGAUGUGACGUUCGGUUAUUUGCUAAAGUAUUCGCAGAAGCCUGAAGAUGUUGAGGUGGUUCUGGGGAGGGUGAGGAAGAACAUGUGUGAGAUGACAAGUGACUUGUACAAUUUGGUGUUUAGGUUGUAUGUGCAAUGGGGAGAUGAAGAGAAGGCAAGGGAGGUAUGGAAUGAGAUGGAGAGAAGUGGGUUAGGACCAGAUCAAAGAACGUAUACUGUUAUGGUUCAUGGUCUGCACACAAAGGGAAAGAUAAGAGAAGCAUUGAGUUAUUAUCGAGAUAUGAUGUCAAGAGGAAUGGUGCCAGAGCCAAGAACUGAGAUCUUACUAAACCAGGUCAAGGCCAAGCCAAAAGAUGAAGAAGACAACAAGCUUAGACUCAACAGUACAGAAGAAGAAACAGAAGUCGAAAUGAAUUAUACAUGA